UCAAAUGGAGCUCCCUCUAUCUCUACACUCAGUAACCCUCUUGACUUCACUCCUUCAUGUUCAUGUGCUUUUCUUAAUCUGCACAAGCAUCCUGCGCUUCCAAACUGCAGAUUGCCACAAGAAGUUAGGAAAUGAGACCGAUCGACUUGCUCUUUUGGAAUUCAAAGCCAAAAUAGGCAAUGAUCCAUAUGGCAUUUUAAGCUCGUGGAAUGGUUCUCUCAACUUCUGCAAAUGGCAAGGAGUUACAUGCAGUCGCAAACAUCAAAGAGUUACAUCUCUGAACCUGCAAGGGCUGAGCUUGUCUGGAGUCAUAUCUCCAAGUGUAGGAAAUCUCACCUUCUUGAGGUUCCUUAACCUUGGUUUCAAUGAAUUAAAUGGUGAAAUUCCCCCAGAAACUAGCCACCUGUUUCGACUAAGAUAUAUCAACCUGACAGAUAAUGCACUGAAAGGAGAAAUUCCAAUCAAUAUUAGCUACUGCUCAGAGCUGAAGACUUUGGAUCUAUCUAAUAACCGCUUGGUAGGGAAAAUUCCUUCCGAGAUAGGCUCUUUAAAGAAGCUUCUGUUCCUCGCGCUUUACAAAAAUAAUCUCACAGGAGAAAUCCCACGUUCCCUUGGAAACUUGUCAUCCCUCCAAGGUAUUUCUAUAUCAUAUAACAAAUUGAGGGGAAAUAUUCCCAACGAAUUGGGACGAUUAAAGAGCUUAAGAUUUUUUUUAAUUACAGUCAACAAUCUGACUGGUACAGUUCCUUCCAGUAUAUAUAAUAUCUCAUCCAUGACCUUGCUUUCUCUUACACAAAAUCAACUUAAAGGCAGUGUCCCACCAAAUAUAGGCCUUACGCUUCCUAACCUGCAAGUGUUUCAAAACGGCCUGAACCAAUUCCAUGGAACCAUUCCAAUUUCACUUGCUAAUGCUUCCCAGCUUGAAAUAUUUUCCAUCCCUGGCAACUUUUUCACAGGAGAAGUUCCAACAAACGUCGGAGAUUUGAAUAGUCUCCGACUGCUCAAUUUGGAAGACAAUUUCCUUGGAAAUAACACAAGCAGUCAGGAUUUGAGUUUCUUAGCACCUUUGUCAAACUGUAGCAAUUUACGGAAACUUUCUUUUGCUGGCAAUAAUUUUGGUGGUGUAUUACCUAGCAGCAUAUCCAAUAUGUCUUCUCUCUUUGUCCUUAAUCUAGGAACCAAUCAAAUCUCCGGCAAAAUUCCAGCAGCCAUUGGGAAUCUUGUUAACUUGUAUCAAUUAGGCAUGGAGGAAAAUCUUUUUUCGGGUCCCAUCCCCAUAUCUCUUGGAAAGAAUCAGCAACAGCAGAUGCUGUAUUUGCAUACAAACAAACUAUCUGGAGAAAUCCCUGCAUCCUUAGGUAACAUUAGCCAGUUAUAUCAUCUUUUAUUAUACAGAAACAAAUUAGAAGGGAAUAUACCAUCAAGUUUAGGUCACUGCACAAAUUUGCAUUUGCUAGAUGCAGCAGAGAAUAACCUGACUGGCAUCAUACCCCAACAAAUCAUUGGCAUGUCUUCUCUAUCUUUGACUCUUAACUUAUCUCAUAACUCAUUGAUAGGUCCCAUACCCCUAGAAGUUGGCAAACUGACAAAAAUUGUUGAACUAGAUAUAUCAGAUAACAAAUUAUCUGGGGAGAUUCCUAAGUCAAUAGGUGAUUGUUUGAGCUUAGAAAUUCUUAACAUGCAGGGUAACUUCCUUCAAGGACCCAUUCCCUUAUCUAUUGGAUCCUUAAGAGGUCUACAGCUUUUAGACUUAUCAAGAAACAAACUGUCAGGAAAUAUUUCAAAAGAGCUAGAGAAACUUCUAUUUUUGCAGUAUUUGAAUCUCUCCUUUAAUAAUCUAAGUGGUGAAGUACCAAGAAAAGGAGUUUUUAGCAAUUUAAACACAAUUUCUCUUAUAGGAAAUAAUGAUCUUUGUGGAGGUAUCCCAAAAUUGAAGCUUCCAGUAUGCCCUGUCAAACAAAUGAAACACAGGUCUUCCAUUGUCAGAAUCCUUGCCACAACCCUUAGUUCAAUAGCACUUUCAGUGACAGUAGCAUUCUUCUCUCUUUUCUACUGGAGAAAGUCAAGAAAGAGUCCACCUUCCACACCUUUUCUUGCGGUCAGCCUUCCUCGAAUUUCGUACAAUGAACUCUUGCAAGCAACUGGGGGAUUCUCUUCAAACAACUUGAUCGGACAAGGUAGUUUUGGCUCAGUGUAUAGAGGAAGUCUUACUCAACAAGGGGAGAGAUUAGUUGCUGUAAAGGUACUCAACCUUCAACAGCAUGAAGCUUCCAAGAGCUUCAUUGCUGAGUGCAAAGUGUUGAGAAAUGUCAAGCACCGAAAUCUGGUAAAGGUAUUGACAUACUGCUCUAGCAUAGAUUUUAAAGGUAAUGAUUUCAAAGCUCUAGUGUUUGAUUUCAUGGCAAAGGGGAGUCUCGAAAUGUGGCUACAUCCAAGAGAAAAUAAUGGCAAUGACCAAUCAAGAAGUUUAAACCUUCUUCAGAGACUUCAAAUUGCAAUUGAUGUGGCUUCUGCACUGCAUUAUCUGCAUGACGAUUGUGAAAUACCAAUCAUUCAUUGUGAUUUGAAACCAAGCAAUAUUCUUCUCGAUGAUGAAAUGACUGCUCAUGUUAGUGACUUUGGAUUAGCGAGGCUUUGGUCUAAAACUGCAGAUACUUCCUCUCAAGGCGAAACCAGCUCAAUUGGGAUGAAGGGAACAAUUGGAUAUAUGGCUCCAGAAUAUGGAGUCGGCAAUGCAGCAACAACAUCUGGAGACACAUAUAGCUUUGGAAUAAUUUUGUUGGAGAUUUUCACAGGAAAGAGACCAACUGAUGAAGUUUUCGCAAAUGGUUUGAAUCUCCACAACUUUGUUAAAACUAAGCUUCCAGGACGAGUCGAUCAGAUUGUGGAUGCAAUACUUCUCACAUCAGGAGAUAUAGGGACAACAACAAACAAUAUGGACGAUAAUGAUCAAGAAGAGAUCACUAUUGAAAGUUUGAGAGUUGAGGGUGGCAGUGUGAAAAAUUGUCUUGUGUCAGUCCUUAAAAUUGGAGUGGCAUGCUCAGAAGAAUUGCCAGAAGAUCGAAUGAAUAUGAAGAAUGCUGCAAGAAAACUAAAUGUCAUUAAAGAUUCAUUUCUUCGUGCAAGGAAUCCUAGAGAUCGGAGAAAGACAAAUCCACAAAUUGCAUCAAAAAGUUCAACUCGUGCAUAUCAUUGAAAUUAUGGGAACAAAUUUCUCUAGAUAUUGAUCCUUGUAGGCUGUAUAAGCAUCUAUUCUUCAGCAAAUAAACCUAAAGUUGAACUAUCUA